GAAAAGCCAUUCAAGUCCUUAUGACAAGUUCCGAACACUGCCUGGAUAUUCUUUCUGCCAUCAUUUAGCCCUUGAGCUACACGGGCUCAGUUGGCACCGUUCACAUACGUCCUGCUGCAUCUGUCGGUCAUGAUGCGAACUACUGCAACAACUUCUCACACAGACAUACUAUCCUUCCUCGAGACGAUUUCCCACUCCCUAUCCCGACGCGUUCGGUGACAUCUCGCGCUCAAAAAAUCUCGAAGUUUGACCCAUUCGCCUUAUCAUCGUUAUCUUGUACCAAAAUAGUAGUGUUUCUAAUCACCCAUUCGAUUAAUCCAAACACAAUGCCUGGCUUACCGGCGAGUAUCGACCUGGAUGAGUGUAUAGAGAGGCUCUAUAGAAAGGAGCUGCUGGCAGACUCUGUGAUUGAGGCAAUAUGUGCCAAAGCUAAAGAGCUGUUGAUGAAAGAGAGCAAUGUGGUUCAUAUUGCGGCACCGGUGACAGUAGUGGGAGAUAUCCACGGGCAAUUCUUUGAUAUGCUUGAAAUAUUCAAGAUCGGAGGUUUUUGCCCGAACACGAAUUAUCUAUUUCUAGGCGACUAUGUGGAUCGUGGUUUAUUCAGUAUAGAAACAAUCUCCCUUCUUGUCUGCUUGAAGUUACGAUACCCUCAUCGCGUGCAUCUUAUUCGAGGAAACCACGAGUCUCGUGGUGUCACGCAGUCCUACGGAUUCUAUACUGAGUGUGUGCGGAAAUACGGCAACCCCAACGUCUGGCAUUACUUCACUGAUAUGUUCGAUUUCCUCACCCUGAGCGUGGUUAUUAACGAUCAAAUCUUCUGCGUGCAUGGCGGCCUAUCCCCCUCCAUCCAUUCUAUAGACCAGAUUAAGAUCAUUGACCGUUUUCGUGAGAUCCCUCAUGAAGGCCCCAUGGCCGAUUUGGUCUGGUCCGACCCGGAUACCGAACGUGAUGAGUUUUCCCUCUCGCCAAGGGGAGCUGGAUAUACAUUCGGUGCGCAAGUUGUCCGGAAAUUCCUCGAAGUCAAUAGCAUGUCCCAUAUUCUGCGGGCACACCAGUUGUGUCAGGAGGGGUACCAGGUUCUCUACGAUGACCGGCUAAGUACCGUGUGGAGUGCACCGAACUACUGCUAUCGGUGUGGUAACCUUGCGAGCGUCCUCGAAGUUAGCGAUACCGGCGAGAGGUUUUUCAACAUCUUCGACGCGGCUCCGGAGAACGAUGCCCAUCGCAACGAACAGCAAGCGCAGCAGAAUAAGGACGGACAGAACCCGGUGAUUGACUACUUUUUGUGAUACCCUCUUAUAUUUAUUUUCCUUCAUGUUCCAUUUAUUCACUGCAAUU